ACGAAGACUUACUUUUAAUUAUAUUGGGAGUUAACAACGUCAAUAUACGUUCCGGAAACAUGAUGACAUUACAUAUCAAUUCAAUUUCAAUUUUCUUGUGGAUGCAAACAGUCUUGAUUACAUCCGAAAUUAUUGCAAACCUCUAUACACAGCAACCGCGCUAUACUGGUAAAUUUCUUACAUCCGUCAACAAAAAAGAAUUCAAAGCAGAAUCAGUUGUGGCCUGUUUAGCUUUCUGCGGACCUUUGUGUACAUGUUUUGGAUAUCAACAGUCAACAAAGAGAUGUCGUGUUUUUGAUUUUUGUCUGGAUCGGGAUGUGUCUUUCACCGAGGGUGGAUGGGUCUAUUAUACAUCACCAAGCGAAUGUGAUGAAGGUUGGGUAACGUAUGGUGGACAUGACUACAUGAUGAAUACGACACGGGUUUCUCAACCAGAAGCGAUGAGAAUAUGUCAACAGUGCGGAGCCUACUUGGUUGAAAUGAACGAUGCAGAUGAAAAUAACUGGAUUAAACAAACAAUUUUAAAGGAUAUAUAUUGCACAGACAAAUAUGACUGUACGACAUGGACCGGUGGAAACGAUAUUCAGACAGAGGGAGAUUUUAUCUGGGGAGCAUCAAACACACCCUUUAGUUACACAAAUUGGGACAGCAUUAACCCAGACAAUAGUUAUGAUUUAAGCAAGCCCAUUGACUGUGUCGAUAUGUUUUAUGAUGGCCAAUGGAACGAUCGACCUUGUGAUUUCCAAGCAAGUUUUAUUUGCGAAAGAUAAAUUUUUUCAUAGUCACUAGAUAAGUGUGGUUUUUUCCCCAAAGUUCGAUCCUGAACUGUCCCUUUGUUUGGUAAAAAAGCAAACGAUCCCCUUUUUCAACAUUUUGUUCGUGUACUGUUUUUGUGAUCGUAAAUGAAUUGAUUUUUUGGUAGUUUAUGCACAAUUGCUUAUAAUCAGAUAUUCUAAUAACUGUCCUAAUAUCACAAUUGCAACUUUAGCUGAAACAAAACAUUAACCUGUUUUUACAUGGAUAUGAAGUUUAUUUGGUUCGAAGAAAUGUAUAAACUACAGUUUAUAAAUAGUGUUUUUGGUCCGAUCUUUACAUAAUAUCCAACAACUUGACUAUUACAUUUAAAGGUAUGAAGUCUGAAAAUUACACAAAUUCAAUAAGAUGUGGUUAUUUUGUAGUGUGUAUGUUGGUGUUUUAUGUUUAG